UUUGAUUUUCCACAAUAACUUUACUUUUGCAUUCUAUAGUAUACAGUUUUCGCAGCACGUAUACAUCCAUGGCUUCCUUCAACCCAAGUGGCUAUGAAAAGUUCUCAGCUUCACCACCACAACAACCACCACAGUUCGGCCAAGAAGCCGCCGCCACAACUGGGAUUCCACUCAGCUCCUCGAACACGUACUACACCGACAGUUCUCAAACGACCAAAACUGUUAAGACUAAAACUAGAGUCCCUUGGUCAUCAGGCCUCUGUGACUGCUUCUCUGACUGGAGAAACUGCUGCAUAACAUGUUGGUGCCCCUGCGUCACUUUUGGCCAAAUUGCUGAGAUUGUAGAUAAAGGAUCAUCAUCAUGUGGUGUGAAUGGAGCACUUUACACACUGAUAGCAUGCGUGACGGGGUGCGCUUGUUGCUAUUCGUGCUUUUACCGAUCCAAAAUGAGGCAGCAAUAUUUGUUGAAGAAACACCCUUGCGGGGAUUGCCUCGUCCAUUGCUUCUGCGAGUACUGCGCCUUGUGCCAAGAGUACCGUGAGCUGAAAACCCGUGGCUACGAUUUGUCCAUAGGGUGGCAAGGCAAUAUAGAAAAGCAGAGUCGUGGUGAAGUGCCGAUGACUUCGAUCCCGCCGGCGGUGGAAGGAGGGAUGAGCCGAUGAACAAGAGUGGUUAAAAUGUCAUCUUUGUUUAGUAUCUUCAGGUUUAAGAUUGCCUUCAGUUAUGAAUAUGAUGUAGGUACGUGUUGAAUAUGAAGUUGAAUGUAUAAAAUUAAAAGCCUUUGGCUGGUCCAACAAAUAUGUUAAAACUACAGAGAAAAUUAAAACCAUAAUCAGAUUAUUUACUGCCA